AUGGAAGGAAACUACCGCAGGCCCAUCGUUCGAAAGAGCAUGUUAUCAAAAAGAGGCAUUGAUGGGACGGAAGUCCCUAAAAAAAGGACGGGCGUUGUGUUUAGAGAGACUGCUAAUACCAGAGAUGGUCAAAAUCGAAGCCGAGCAGGUUGCAGUAGUGGAGCCAACCCUCCUGUUCAAAAAAGAUCUUCUGAAGCAGUUAAAAUUUUAAGGCCAUCAACGCAGUCAUCUUCAAGUAAAAAGGAGGUAGUUGGUAGUUCCCGUAGAACAUCUGCUAACCUGGUGAAACCACUUAUAGAGCCUCGGAGAACGUUAUCUUCGAGUGGUCUUCCAGCUGAAGAGAAAGGUAGAGAGUCUACUAAUGUGAUUCGGGCAGGAGUAGGAAAAUCUGGUGCAGUUGCAGUAUCAAAUUUAAGAUCUCAAAAGAAUUUUAAUCAAAGACCCGGGUUGCAUCAACGAGAAACUGAAAGCAUUGGUCCGGUGACACAAGCAGUUUCUAGCAAGUAUGGAUUGAGGAACCUCAGAUGCAACACUCUAUCUGAUGUGAUCCCUUCUUCAUGCUCGUCAUCAAAUUCUACCUUUAAUAGAAGGAAGACUACUGUGACAAAAACGAGAAGCUCUGAAGGGGAAAGUAGCUCCACUCUUAAAGGGAAGAAGAUGACUGCUUCUUCAUCGGAAAGAUUGAAUUCUAGCUCCAGAAAUGGAAGAACUAGUUCUGAUACAAGAGGGUCUAGAAAUAUUCCUCCUCUGAGGGACAAUAGUAGAGCAUCAGUUAGAACUGAAAAAACGGUUAGUGGUUAUGCCAGGGGAAGAUUUUCUAACCAAGGAAAUGAAAACUCCAAAGAAAACAAUGGGGACAAUAGCCGAGCAUCAGCUAAAACUGAAAGAACGGUUAGUGGUUAUGCCGGGGGAAGAUUUUCUAACCAAGGAAAUGAAAACUCCAAAGAAAACAAUGGGGACGAUAGCAGAGCAUCAGUUAAAACUGAAAAAACGGUUAGUGGUUAUGGCAGGGGAAGAUUUUCUAAACAAGGAAAUGAAAACUCUAAAGAAAAAGAGUCCCGUGAUGCAUUGCCUAUUUCUCCUCAUUCUGUUGAUCUUAACUCUUCUGUCACUGAGGAGUUUUGCGGUGGUAUGCCUAUGUCUCCUGAAGAACACGAUACCUGUCAUUCUCUAAUAAUUCAGGAUGGCUUUCGGCGCUACAGUAUGGAUGGUAUUUCAGAGGUAUUAUUGGCACUUGAGAGAAUGGAACAAAAUGAAGAGUUAACCCAUGAGCAAAUUGAUUUACUAGAGACCAACUCUAUUCUUGAUGGACUUAGCUUCUGUGAUACUCAUAGAGACAUGAGGCUGGAUAUUGAUGACAUGUCGUACGAGGAACUCUUAGCUCUCGAAGAGAGAAUGGGUACAGUUAGUACAGCACUGUCAGAGGAAGCACUCUCUGAUAGUCUUAAAAUAAGUGUCUUUGAGUCUACGCCUUCAGAUGAUGCAGCCGACUGUGUUGAUGAGGAUAACAAUGAAAUCAAAUGCUGCAUUUGCCAGGAGGAAUAUGUUGUUGGAGAUGAAAUUGGAAGACUGCAAUGCACGCAUAAAUAUCAUGUUGAUUGUAUACAGGAAUGGUUGAGGCUGAAGAAUUGGUGCCCUAUGUGCAAAGAGUCAGCGGCACUGUUUAACUCGUCGUCGUCAUCAUCUCAUUAG